AUGGGUUUAAAGGAUAACGCCAUUUCAUAUGGCUCUGCAUUAGUGUUAUCGCUUCUUCUUCUUCUUCCUCUGCUUCGUGAAGCAGAGGGAUGUGAUAUGUUCACGGGACGGUGGGUGAAGGACGCUUCCUACCCACUCUACGAUCCCUCCACGUGUCCUUUCAUACGUCGCGAAUUCGCUUGCAAGAGAAAUGGACGGCCGGAUCUCGAUUACCCUGCCUUCAGAUGGCAACCUCAGGACUGCAAAUUAGCAAGGUUCAAUGGAGUGGACUUUCUAGAGAAAAACAAAGGGAAGAAGAUAAUGUUUGUUGGUGAUUCUCUUAGUUUAAAUCAAUGGCAAUCUUUGACUUGUAUGCUUCACUCUUCUGUUCCCAGUUCUCCCUAUAACCAAACCACACAAGGCACUAUCUCAACCUUCACAUUCCAGGAGUAUGGAGUGGAGUUGAAGCUGGAUAGGAAUGUAUAUUUGGUAGACAUAGUGAGGGAGAAGAUUGGGAGAGUGUUGAAGCUUGAUUCUAUCAAUGACGGACAUAAUUGGUCGGACAUGGAUACAUUGAUUUUCAAUACUUGGCACUGGUGGAGCCGUAGAGGUCCUUCACAACCAUGGGAUUAUAUUCAAAUAGGAGCUAACGUUACAAAGGACAUGGACCGUGUGGCAGCAUUUCAAAUCGCACUUGGGACUUGGGGAAAAUGGAUCGAUACAGUCGUAGAUACUCAGAAAACUAAAGUCUUUUUUCAAGGAAUUUCACCAUCUCAUUACAAAGGAGCUCUAUGGGGUGAACCAACGGCAAAGAGUUGCGCAGGACAAACAGAACCACUUUUAGGGACAAGUUAUCCAGGAGGAUUGCCACCUGAAGUUGGAGUUUUGAAGAGAGCACUUGGGAAAAUAUCUAAACCAGUGACGUUGUUAGACAUCACAAUGCUUUCAUUGCUCCGCAAAGAUGGCCACCCUUCGAGUUAUGGUCUAGGUGGCCAAACCGCCAAUGAUUGCAGCCACUGGUGUCUCGCUGGGGUGCCAGAUACUUGGAAUGAGAUUCUUUACAACUAUAUGAUUUAUUGAGAACAUUUAAAACAGAGAAUUUUUUUUAACAUAUUUGUUAUUUUGUCGGAUUCUACCCUUGAAUCUGAAUAAAAAGAGGAAUUGUUCUUAUUGACUGCAAGAAAUAUUCAAUAUAGG